AAGCCAAGGAAGAAGCCUCAGAAAUCAAGGUGUGAAAUUUUGAGAGAGAGAGAGAGAGAGAGAAUCAACAAUGUCGAUGAAAUCAAUUUUCGACGCAAAAGAAGUCCGAUCAGAAUUCGAAAAGGCCAGCAUAAACGCUAGCUUCAUCCCACUGAUAUGGAAACACGUAAUCACCCAUCACCAAAACCCUAACAACACUAACACCAACACCAACACCAACACCAUCACCACCGCCAUAGAUUGGUGCGAAAUUCCAUCUUUACCCUCCGCCGCCUACUCCCUCCUUGCCUCCAAAUUCAAACCCCUAACCACCACCCUCCACUCCCUUCACCGCUCCUCCGACGGUGUCACCACCAAGCUCCUCAUAAAGCUCCAAAACGGCAGCUUCGUCGAGGCCGUCGUCAUGAAAUACGACACGCGCUUAGGCAAAUACGAUGGCAAGCCCCGCCCCGGCGGGCCGAGGUCGACGCUGUGCGUUUCGUCUCAGGUGGGCUGCAAAAUGGGGUGCAGCUUUUGCGCCACGGGGAGCAUGGGGUUCAAGAACAACCUGUCGUCUGGUGAGAUUGUGGAGCAGUUGGUUCAUGCUUCGCGAGUUGACUCUAUACGUAAUGUCGUUUUUAUGGGGAUGGGUGAGCCGUUGAAUAACUAUGCUGCUUUGGUUGAUGCUAUUCGUGUCAUGUUGGGUUCGCCUUUUCAGUUGUCACCCAGGAGAAUAACUGUCUCAACGGUUGGCAUCGUUCAUGCUAUCAACAAGCUUCAUAAUGAUCUGCCAGGUUUGAACUUAGCAGUUUCAUUGCAUGCACCAGUUCAAGAUAUCCGUUGUCAGAUAAUGCCUGCAGCUCGGGCUUUUCCUCUGGAAAAGCUUAUGGAUGCGCUGCAACAAUAUCAAAAGAUCAGUCAACAAAAAAUUUUGAUUGAGUACAUAAUGCUUGAUGGAGUGAAUGAUGGAGAGCAGCAUGCCCACCUACUUGGCAAGUUGCUAGAGACAUUUCAAGUGAUUGUGAACUUAAUACCAUUCAAUCCAAUUGGUACUUUGAGUCAAUUCAGAACCAGUAGCGAAGAGGGGGUAUCAAGAUUUCAGAAAAUUCUUAGGGGUACCUAUAACAUCCGGACAACAAUUCGUAAGCAAAUGGGUCAGGAUAUAAGUGGUGCAUGUGGUCAGCUGGUGGUUAACCUACCUGAUAAGAAGUCUAUUGGGAAUUCAAGUCUCUUACCUGAUAUAGAAGAUCUUCAUCUUUGAUGUAGCCUAAAUCAUUUCAGGCUUAGCAAUGGAUUGCAAUUUAAUGGUGAUGGCCACACCAGAUGAUGGAGUCCAGAGAGGAUGAUUUCAAAAAAACUGUCUUUGCCCAGCAUGUUUUAAAUGCUGCUGGCCAUUCUAGUUCAUUUGCAGGCAGGUCAGUGAUUAAGGGAUGGAAAAUGGUUAACCACAUGUUUGAACGGUUUUCCUUUCAACAUCUGAUUGGGGAGGUUGGCUUCUAAAAAGUGGGUUUUAUAUACAAGCUCUUGAAUUCUUUGUAACCACUGGAUCCCAACCUCAUAUUUUCCUGCAAUUGGGUUCAUGCAAAUUUUGUAAUUUGCCUGUUCUUGUAUAUUUUAUCUACAGAGUAUACUGAAAGAGCUUUAAUAUUAGCGAAGGAAAAUGCGAAAAAAGUAUUACCGUGACUGAGAAAAUCUAUUUCACCAAAAAGCAAAUUAUGGUUGUGCGUGAUUCUCUUUU